CCAGCUUUCUCGCACUGUUCAACAGAAGCUUUCGCUAGAAUCCUCGACCAGCAUGCGGUUUGUCGAAUUUGGAAUUUCGGAGCAGGAACCGGACCCUUCUGGAAAGUUCAAAAACGUCGUCAGAGCCAUCGGGGCUGAUAGGGCCUUGCUUAACUUACGUGCUCAGCCGAGCAUACUCACUAUAACUGGCAGUCAUACAGCUUACCAGCAGGCCAUCAGAGCCCUCCACGAACGUGUAGAUGCGUCCGUCCUCCCUACGAGUUGUCCGGUUUGCUUCAACGUCCCCACGGAGCCGCACUUCACCAGCUGUGGCCAUUGCUACUGCCACGAGUGCUUCAAGGCCCAGGUCCAAGCCACUGGGACUGGCAAUAUUCUGUUCCGCUGCAGCGAACAAGGCUGCGGGCACGUCCUCACUCUCACGGAGCUGCGCCGUGCGAUUUCACACGAGGAAUUCGAGCAGCUUUUGCAAGCGUCGGCGCGCAGCCACGUCAACUCAAGGCCGCAGGCACUGUUCUUCUGCCCCACGCAGGGCUGCCCGCAGCUUCACACCGUCCUGGAGCCCGCCGACGACUUCACCACCACUUCUCCCUCCGCCUGGCACUGCCCAGAGUGCCUUGUCCUGCUCUGCAUGGCGUGCAAGGUGCCGUUUCACUCCGGCAAGACCUGCAAGGAGGCUGAGGGAGCGAGGAACGCCGGGCUCAAGGAGUGGAUGAAAAAGGCUGGUGCUGUGCCCUGCCCUGCUUGCGGCAUCGGCAUCGAGCGGGAUGGCGGCUGCAUGCGCGUGCAGUGCACUAACUGCGGUAAGCACGUUUGCUUUAGGUGCUUUCGCGCCUUUGACAGCGCCAUCACGUGCUACUCCCACGUAGAAGAGGGUGAGGUGGCUGAGAGGGAGGCCCGGGAGUUGGACGAGAACUUCCGCUAGUGAGGACCUGGCUGGCAUGAGUCCAGGUUGGACGUGGGUGAGGUGGCGUGUCACUGCGCCACCCUUUUCCGACCUAGGGCAAGUGAAGUUGGGCAGUGGAAGCUGGGCGGCGGGUUUGUAUUUGUAGAGACUUUCUUUCCUCAUCUUGCGUAUGUAGAAUAUCAUACCCCUUUCUUGCGUUUCUGGAUGCAUCUGUUCUUAAUGACCUCAAGUGACUCUCGGUGAAGCCAGCAAGCUGAAAGGCAUGUAUGGUUGAAAUGAGUUUUGAGGGGCUAGCAUAUGAAACGUUUCCUUGCCUUUGAACCGGUUCUUAUCCCCUCACCAAAAAUUAUCAACCAGUCCUUACAAGAAUAGUUCGAACAUGACAAUUCGUAGAUAUAUAUACAGGCA